AAUAUCAUAAUGUAUGCAGAAAAUUUAUUGACUUUGAUCGUUUUAUUUAAUCGACAACUCUAUAAAAUACAGUCCUGAUUUUGGUACACUGUUCAAUCACAUUGGCAACGUUGGCAAGAUGGUUUGUUAAAGCGGCUUCGUGAGUGGAUUCUGACGUGCGUUAAUUUUUAGUGCUGAAUUUUUGUAAUUUUAUCUAGUUUUUUGUGAAUUAAUCACCUGAAAUUCGCGAAUAUUAGUGAAAAUGGCAUCUGAAGACGAGAAUGAUGAUACUUUUCAAGAAGAGGAAGAAGCACUCGAUGAGUCUGCGCAAGUAGCUGAACUGUCAAAUGAUUCCGAUGCACCAUUAAAGCCCAACAAUGAUGAAGAUGACGAUUAUGAUCCCGAUGAUAAUCGAAAAAAGAAGAAGGGCAAAAAACGUAAAACUAAAAAAGGAGAAGAAAAAGGACGCAAGAAGAAGAAGCGUAAGAAGAAUGAUAGCGACGAUGACAGUGAUUGUAUGCAGCAUGACGAAGAAGUCGAUUAUAGUACAACGAAGCGUGGACGCAAGCGCAAGGAAGCGGAAAAAUCCACAGCAAAGGAAAAGGAGUCGACAUCUUCAGGCAUGCCAUCUGUGGAAGACGUAUGCUUCGCUUUCAAUGUCACCGAUGUUGAAAUCAAUUACAGCGAAUCUGAUAUGCAAAAUUUAACAUCGUACAAAUCAUUUACUCAACACGUUCGUCCCAUACUACAAAAGGAGAAUCCAAAAAUACCAGCACCCAAGCUAAUGAUGUUAGUUGCAGCCAAGUGGCGCGAAUUUUGCGAGGUAAAUCCAAAUUUGCAGUCGGAGCAGGGUCGCAGCACAGGCGGUGAGGAGGCAGAAGAACCACGCUCGUCACGUUCUUCACGCAAUGAAAAGCCGGACGAUAUAUAUGAAGAAGAAGAAGAGGAGGAAGAUGAGGAGGAGGAAAAAGAAACAUCACGUUCACGCCGUAAGCGUGGUGGUCGUUCAAGCAGCAAGAAAGGCCGACGAGCCGGUAAAGUGCCAACAUUAAAGAUAAAAUUCGGCAAGCGUAAGCGUGGCAGUUCCGAUGAAGAUCAAGAUGCUAGUGGCGCUUCCGAACGUGAUUCUGACUUGGAAUUUGAGAAAAUGUUACAAAAAUCCGAUGAUAGUGCCGAUGAGAAGGAAGUAGCCGCACCUGCCGAAAAAGUGGAAGAGCCUACCGAUGAUGCUAAUGCUGCACCCGUUGUGCGAAAAAAAGCAAAAACCAAAAUCGGCAAUAAGUUUAAGAAGAAGAAGAAGUUGAAAACUACAAGUCGAUUUCCAGAUGGCGAAGAAGGUGAACACGAACAUCAGGACUAUUGUGAAGUAUGCCAACAGGGCGGUGAAAUUAUACUGUGCGAUACUUGUCCCCGUGCUUAUCAUUUGGUUUGUUUGGAACCAGAAUUGGAUGAAGCACCGGAAGGAAAAUGGUCGUGCCCGCAUUGUGAGGCUGAUGGUGGUGCUGCCGAGGAGGAGGAUGACGACGAGCAUCAAGAGUUUUGCCGAGUUUGCAAAGAUGGUGGCGAACUGUUGUGUUGUGAUUCAUGUCCGUCAGCCUAUCACACUUUCUGUCUUAAUCCACCAUUAGAUACCAUACCAGAUGGCGAUUGGAAGUGUCCACGCUGUAGCUGUCCGCCACUGUCGGGCAAGGCAGAGAAAAUUAUUACAUGGCGUUGGAUUGAAUCAAAUGAGCCUUCAACAUCGAAGAAACCCAAAUCUCGCAUGCGUGAGUACUUCGUAAAAUGGCACAACAUGUCAUAUUGGCAUUGCGAGUGGGUAUCUGAGGUACAUAUGGAUGUGCAUCAUCCAUUAAUGAUACGUUCAUUCCAACGUAAAUAUGAUAUGGAAGAACCACCGAAGUUCGAGGAAUCAUUAGACGAGGCAGAUUCGCGGUAUCAACGUAUACAACGACACAAAGCAAAAGGUGGCAUACAAGUCGAAGAUGAGAAUGAAGAAUACAAAAAGGAUUUGGAGGAGCGUUUCUAUCGUAACGGUGUGAAACCCGAGUGGUUGAUUGUGCAACGUGUAAUUAAUCACCGCACUACACGUGACGGAACCACUAUGUAUUUGGUGAAGUGGCGUGACUUGCCUUACGAUAAGUCUACAUGGGAGGAUGAAACUGAUGAUAUCCCUGGUCUAAAGCAGGCGAUUGAUUAUUAUCAAGACUUACGUGCGGCUUGCACUUCAGAGUCGACAACUUCGCGUGUAGGCAAGAAGGGUAAGAAGGGACGGAAAUCGAAGGUAAAAGAACUUGAAGAUGAAGAACGUGUACAACGUCGCUUCACACCACCACCAGAAAAACCGACUACAGACUUAAAAAAGAAAUACGAGGGUCAACCACAAUUCUUGGAAGAAACGGGCAUGCAACUGCAUCCAUAUCAGAUCGAAGGUAUAAAUUGGUUGCGCUAUUCUUGGGGUCAAGGCAUCGAUACCAUAUUGGCCGAUGAGAUGGGUCUGGGCAAAACUAUACAAACGGUCACUUUCUUGUAUUCCUUAUAUAAAGAGGGCCACUGCAAAGGUCCAUUCCUGGUAGCAGUGCCGCUGUCCACGAUCAUUAAUUGGGAACGUGAAUUCGAAUUGUGGGCGCCAGAUUUUUACUGCAUUACUUAUGUGGGUGACAAGGAUUCCCGUGCCGUAAUACGCGAGAAUGAGUUAUCGUUUGAAGAGGGUGCUAUACGUGGCGGCAAAGCAUCACGUCUACGCACUACUCAGUUUAAAUUUAAUGUUUUGUUGACUAGCUACGAGUUGAUUUCCAUGGAUGCUGCUUGUCUGGGUUCAAUCGAUUGGGCUGUGUUGGUUGUAGAUGAGGCCCAUCGCUUGAAGAGUAAUCAAAGUAAAUUUUUCCGUAUAUUAAACAGUUACAAUAUUGCAUAUAGAAUGCUGUUGACUGGUACGCCUUUGCAAAAUAAUCUGGAGGAGCUGUUCCACUUGCUGAAUUUCUUAAGUCGCGACAAAUUUAGCGAUCUAAAUGCUUUCCAAAACGAAUUCGCCGAUGUAUCGAAGGAAGAGCAGGUGAAACGUUUACACGAAAUGCUUGGACCACACAUGUUGCGUCGUCUCAAAGCUGACGUGUUGAAGAAUAUGCCGUCGAAAUCGGAAUUCAUUGUACGUGUUGAACUUUCGGCUGUGCAAAAGAAAUUCUACAAAUUUAUUUUGACAAAGAAUUACGAGGCGCUAAAUUCAAAGAGUGGUGGUAAUUCCUGCUCGCUCAUCAACGUGAUGAUGGAUCUGAAAAAAUGUUGUAACCAUCCCUACUUAUUUCCUUCUGCAUCCGAAGAGGCACCCACGACCGCUGGCGGCAUGUAUGAAAUAAAUGCACUGACCAAGGCAGCCGGCAAACUGGUUUUACUCUCUAAAAUGUUAAAACAACUUAAAGAGCAAGGACAUCGUGUACUAAUCUUCUCGCAGAUGACGAAAAUGUUGGAUAUAUUGGAAGAUUUCCUCGAAGGAGAGGGUUACAAGUAUGAACGCAUUGAUGGUGGCAUCACAGGCAAUUUGCGUCAAGAGGCGAUUGAUCGUUUUAACGCACCUGGAGCACAACAAUUCGUCUUCUUGCUCAGCACACGCGCUGGAGGUUUGGGUAUCAAUUUAGCUACAGCUGACACAGUCAUUAUUUAUGAUUCCGAUUGGAAUCCGCACAAUGACAUACAGGCAUUCUCGCGUGCCCAUCGUAUCGGACAGGCAAACAAAGUAAUGAUCUAUCGUUUUGUGACACGAAAUUCUGUGGAGGAACGUGUCACACAGGUGGCGAAGCGUAAAAUGAUGUUGACUCAUUUGGUGGUUCGUCCCGGCAUGGGCGGUAAAGGCGCGAAUUUCACCAAGCAAGAGUUGGAUGAUAUUUUACGUUUCGGCACUGAGGAACUCUUUAAAGAGGAUGGCGAUAAGGAGGAAGCAAUUCACUACGAUGAUAAAGCGGUAGCUGAAUUGCUCGAUCGUUCGAAUCGUGGUAUCGAAGAGAAAGAGUCCUGGGCUAAUGAGUACUUGUCCUCAUUUAAAGUGGCCUCGUACGCCACCAAAGAAGAGGAUGAAGAAGAAGAAACGGAAAUUAUCAAACAAGAAGCUGAAAACUCCGAUCCGGCGUAUUGGGUUAAAUUGCUGCGUCAUCACUAUGAGCAACAUCAAGAAGAUGUCAGUCGCACCCUUGGCAAAGGUAAACGUGUACGCAAACAAGUCAAUUACACAGAUGGUGGUGUAGUCCCGGCGGACACAACGCGCGAUGAUGGUAACUGGCAGGACAAUGCAUCUGAAUACAAUUCGGAUUACUCGGCUGGCUCCGAUGAAGAUGGAGGCGAUGAUGAUUUCGAUGAGCAGAACGGCGGAGGAGAGGGCCGCAAAGCAAAACGUCGUGUUGAGCGCCGCGAUGAUCGCCCGUUGCCACCAUUAUUGGCGCGUGUCGGUGGCAACAUCGAAGUAUUGGGUUUUAAUGCGCGUCAACGUAAGAGUUUCCUUAACGCAAUAAUGCGUUUCGGAAUGCCUCCACAGGACGCCUUCAAUUCACAAUGGUUGGUUCGUGAUUUGCGCGGCAAAUCUGAGCGUAAUUUCAAGGCUUAUGUUUCCCUAUUUAUGCGUCAUCUUUGUGAGCCGGGCGCUGAUAACGCUGAAGCUUUUGCUGACGGUGUACCGCGUGAAGGUUUGUCCCGUCAACACGUGCUGACACGUAUAGGUGUUAUGUCGCUGAUUCGCAAGAAAGUGCAAGAGUUCGAGCACAUAAACGGCUACUACAGCAUGCCCGAAUUAAUAUUGAAGCCCUGCGAGCCAGUGCGUGGACAAAUUGGUGGACUGCCAAAGCUGGCGGAUGGUCAAACAGCGGCAGUUGGUGCUGAGACUGAAGCAUCUAAAGCAAUUGAGGACAAGAGCGCGACGACCAGUACAAGCGCCACGCCAGCCACCAGUGCGGCACCAAGUCCAGCGCCUGCAUCCGAAAAGGGCGAAGAUAAAUUGAGCACGGCUGUUGGUGAUGAAAUCAAAAAAGAGAGUGAAAUCAACACAACUUCAAGCGGCGAUAAGGAACAGAUACCAGAUGUAAAUAGUGAGACAAAAGAUGAACAAAAGGUGGAAGUGUCCUCAUCUAGCGGUGAUGUGAAAUUAGAAAAGAGUGACGAGAAAGAUAAAACUGGUGGUGAACUCGGCAAAGAUGUCAAAUCGGAGACGGUUGAAGGUGGUGAUGUAAAAAAGGAGGGAGACAGUGCUUCCACGCCAAAGGACGCAAAGGACUCCAAGGAAGACGCUAAUAAAACUGUAAAAGAUGACAGUAAAUCAGAACAAAAGCCUAAAGAGGAACCAACUACGACCAUCAUUGAUGAUGAUGACGAUGAUGUGAUGAUUGUCAAAGAAGAUGGAGAAUUGGAGAAACCAACAGCCAAUACUUCGAGUGGUACAGUUAACGCCAGCAACAACAAUGUUAAGGAGCAAAAGCCGAAAAUUGAAGAGAGUCUCGAGGUUUUGAAACGUAAAUUUAUGUUCAACAUCGCCGAUGGCGGUUUUACCGAGCUUCACACACUCUGGCUAAAUGAAGAGAAGGCUGCCGUGCCAGGACGUGAAUAUGAAAUUUGGCAUCGUCGUCACGACUACUGGCUGUUAGCGGGUAUAGUGACACAUGGCUAUGGACGUUGGCAAGACAUACAAAACGACAUACGUUUUGCUAUCAUCAAUGAACCCUUCAAAAUGGACGUUGGUAAAGGCAAUUUCUUGGAGAUUAAAAAUAAAUUUUUAGCGCGUCGUUUUAAAUUGCUCGAACAAGCGUUAGUUAUUGAGGAGCAAUUGCGUCGUGCCGCUUUCCUGAAUUUGGCGCAAGAUCCCAAUCAUCCGGCAAUGUCGUUGAAUGCACGUUUCGCUGAAGUCGAAUGUCUUGCCGAGUCGCAUCAACACUUAAGCAAAGAAUCUUUGGCAGGCAAUAAACCAGCUAACGCAGUACUGCACAAAGUGUUGAAUCAACUCGAGGAGUUGUUAUCCGAUAUGAAGAGCGACGUUUCGCGUCUACCAGCCACUCUGGCACGCAUACCGCCCGUGGCGCAACGUCUACAAAUGUCUGAACGUUCAAUACUUUCACGUUUGGCUGCAACAGCCGGCAACACAUCCAAUGCGGCGCAAUUGAUGGCUCAGUUCCCAGCCGGUUUCCAAGGCACUACUUUGCCCGCCUUUGCUGGUGGACCAGCAGGCAAUUUCGCCGCUUUCAGACCGCAAUUCUCCGUGCCCGGACAGUUGUCUAACAAUUCUGGCAGCAGCGCAGCCAACAAUUAAAUUAUUUACCUAAUUCUUUUGAGUUAUUUUUUAAUAUACAUACAUAUUUACAUAUUUUUCCUACUAUUUAAUUUUAAAAAUUUUAUCUCAUGUCUUAUCUAAAUAAACAUGCAAAUGAGUUGUGUGUUUAUACAUACACAUACUAUGUUUAGUGGUAUUCUAUCGAAAUACAGACCUUAACUAUUAAAACUUAUUUUUACAGAUAAAAAUUUAUUUGUAGCAUUUAAGUAAUAGAAUUGCAAUAAUAAUAUACAUACAUAUAAAGCUGACGACAAAUUGUCAAUUUAUGUGCUCUACAACAACAAUGCUAAGCUUCAGGGUACAUAAAACAACAAUUGCAGAUAUCAGAAUAUUUGAUAAGAUUUAACAAAUUUAUAUAAUGUUUUUACAACUUCAAAAAACUAAAUUUAAUUCACAACACUAAUAUCACAGUAAAAUAAACAUUUGUCUGAAGAUUUAAAAGCAGGAUUCAAUAAAGAAAGAAUAGUUUGCAUAGAACAUUAACUGGAAAUAAAUGGAUAUGCCCAUACUUAUAUUAAAAAAAAAUAUGUCUCGAUAGUUAUCUCCAACAAAAAGGUUGUUAUAAAAUUUAAAAAAAAAGUAAACACUUACGUUUAUUUUCGAUUGUAAAGAUAAAUAAGCUUUUAAAUCAAAUAUGAACUCCAAACUACAAUACAAAUAAAAGGUUAUUGCUUUUUUUUCUGUUUUAGCAAUAAACACAUCCGAGAUAUUUUUUCGUUUGUGUUUUGAGAAGAAAAUGUUGUAGAGCAUAUGCAAUCUUGGUAAUUCUGAAAACGCGAAUUUGGUUUAACAAUAACAAUAGUCUUCAAUUAUAAACACGUAUUCCAAUAGUAAUCCAUGAUAUCCAUAAUUGAACCAAAAGCAUUCAUACAACAAAUAUCAAUAUACAAUUUAAAAUAUUAAAUCUCAAUGUCAACUUAUUCAAACAAUAGUUAUGCAAACAUAAUAAAAAUAAUAAUUUUUAAUAUGUGUUUUAGAGAGUAUUCACCCAAGCUACUAGUAUUCGAUUCCAAAAGACACGUAUGAUUACAAUACAAUAAAUAUUGCAUUAUUAAUGAACAUUCAUCUGUAUGUGUAAUAAAUGGGAGAAAUAUAAAA